AUGAACUCACCUCUGGGAAGCACAAGUAGUGAUUUGCAACGCCAAAACGAGGAACUUCGUGCUCGGCUUGCUGGCGAAAAUGCUGAUCAUAAACGACGGCUUGAAGCGUACCGUAGAGCUCAACAGGGUCAGGCUGCGUUGGUGUCGAGGCUCCAAGCAAAGGUGUUGCAAUAUAAACAACGAUGCGCCGAACUAGAGAACCAGAUGCUGGAAACGACGCCUCGCAGCGAGCCCAGCUACAGACCUAGUCAGUCUGGUCAGGCUAGCAAGGCUAUAGCGCUCCCGGCGCCGGCCGCUCUGCCCACCCCUUCCACCGACAGGCGAGAUGACAGGAUCAACGACCUGGAGACUGCUCUACGAAGGCUUGAUGAGGAGAAACUAAGAUGUGAGAAGCUGGUGGCUCAGAACAAUCUGCUCCGUGACCAGCUGGAGGAGUCUCACCAGCUCAACGAGGCCCUCACCAACGACCUGCAGAAGCUCACCAAUGACUGGGAGGCUCUGCGCGAUGAGAUGACCAUCAAAGAAGAUGAAUGGAAAGAUGAAGAACAGGCAUUCAAUGAUUACUACUCCAAUGAACACACCAGGCUGUUGAGUUUGUGGCGUGAGGUGGUAUCCGUCAAGAGGUUCUUCAAUGAACUGCAGUCCAGCACUGAGAGGGAUCUCUACAAGACCAAGAGCGACAUUGACUCGGCCACCAGAGAGCUUGUUGGGACACUGAGUGGAUAUGCCAUAAAUGCUUAUGCGGCUCAGGGAACGAAGGUGGAAUCUCAAUCAUCUGGCAACACUGCAUUGGAAGGGCUGCGGGUGGAACUGCACAAUGUGACGUCACAACGAGAUACCGCAGUCACUGAGCUACGGGAGAGAGAUGCAAGAAUACAGAGAUUGUUGGGAGAAUUACAAGAACUGGAGGAGAGGUGUGAGUGCGCGGAAGCCGGCAGCUCGGAGGCGAACAUCAUGCGCGGCGCGCUGGAGGAGGUGGCGCGCGCACUCAUACACGACGCCGGCAGCGACGCGCCCGUCGCCCUCUCCUCUGACAGAUCACCGAAACGCGGCAUGCCAUCAUCAGCCAACGCGACAGCGUUCGCGGAGAGCACGAUAUCGGCGGUGCAGGCCGCGCUACACAAGUACCAGAUACAGAUACACGAGCUACAGGUGAAACUACAAAAUACGAAAGAACAACUUAUGACGACUAGAAAGCAUUCAGAAAUCGCUGAUAACACCAUCGCGACAUUGGAGGGGAAAAUACAAGAUCUACAAGGCAAACUAGACCAAUCUACAGCUGACUUGAACCAGUUGACGCAAGAGAAGGAGUCCAUGCAGAAGACAAUAGAGUCGCUAAGAGUCGACAAGAACAAUCUAGAACGAAACAGAGUCGAGAUCAACGCUAUGGUGGAAUCCCUAACGUCAGAUUACGAGAAGCUGCAGAAAAUCAACAACCGUCUGGACAAAACUAUCGAGUCACUAGAGAGUGAAAAACGGAACCUCAUGUCUGAGGUCGACCGCCUGCACAGAGAGGCCUCCGAUAGAGAGUCUGUGUUGAGGUCUGAAGAGGAGCGUUCAGCGCGCAUGCGUGCGGAGCUAGUAUCAGCGCGGGAAGACCUGCAUCGCACGGAGCUAGCACGAGAUCUGCUGCAGCAGCAACGAGACGAGCUAGAUGCUUUGCUCGCGUCUACUGAGAAGACUAGGAACGAGCUGGAGAUAGACCUGGAGCGGACGCUGCUGGAGCGCGGCGACCUGCAGGACCUGGCGGACAAGCUGCAGGCCGCCGUCCGCAACUUGGAGAGUGAUAAGAAGAAACUGCAGGAGGACAUCAAACAUUUGGAAGACGAGAAAUCCUCACUAUCGGGUCAGUCAUCGGAACAGCAGAGCGACCUCAACUCUCUUCGCAAAGAGUUGCUAGCGGCGGAACAGAACCGCAUAGAGUUGGAAGCGGACAAGGCCGCGCUGUACGAGAAGAUCAAGAGCUUAGAGGGAGAGAGGGAGAAAGUUGAGAUGGAGUUGCGACAGGUUGUUAGGGAGCGCGGUGAACUCAGCUCGCAGCUAUCAGCAUUAGCUCGUAAGCGAGACGCACUCCACGAGGAGAACGUGCGACUGUCGCAGCGACUGGAACAGGCGGGCGAGACCGUGGCCCGUCUGAACAGGACCAUAGAUGACCACGUCAAACAUGGGGAAGAGAGACAGAUGUGUAUAGACAAUCUAGAGCGCGACAAGCAGCAUCUAAGCGAGGGUCUAGCCGCGUUGCGGGCGGAGAAGGAGGCGCUGGAGGCGGCGCUGUUUGACACCACCAGCCUGUUGGAAGACACCGACGCCCGCCGCGCCCGCCUGGAACAAGACCUGCAGGAGGCACUCGUGCUGCAGGAGAACUUCAAAGGUCAAAUAACACGUCUGAGCAAGGAGCUGCAGAGCAGCGAGAAGAAGCUGCGCGAGACCAAGGCGAGCAUGACGCAGCAGUCCGGCAAGAAGGAGGCGGAGUACAAGCAGCUCAUCGUUAACCUCAACCGCACCACCGCCGACAACAUCACCAAGCUCAAAGAGGAGAAGGAACAACUGCGUCAGGCGCUCGAGCAGAAACUAAACCAGACGAUAGCGGCGCUGACGAGCGAGAAGGAAGCUGUGGAGAGCGGCGCGCGCGAGCGAGAGAGGAGAUUGACGGCGGCACGUGACCAGCUCAUGCUGCAGCACGACGAGGCGCUGCUGCGGGCUGAGAACGACAAACAGCAAGCGCUGCUUAUGGCCCACCAAGAGCAGCAAGCUCUCUGCGAGAGGUUGGAAGAAGAGCGACGUAUAGCAGCCGGCGAGCGUGGCAAGCUGGAACGUACGCGUCGCGACGCCGCCGCCCGUGCGGACGCCGACCGCGCCGCCAUCGCUGCGUUGAAAGACGAACUUGCUACGGCAAAAACUAGAUUGGACGAGGCUAAAGUGGCGGCGGAGGAUGAGUGUGCGCGGCUGGAGACUCGCAUCAAAGAACUUCACCUGGAGAAGGAGGCGCUACAUCGUGAGGGUCAGGAGGCGCGCGCGCAGCUCGCACUAGCAGAAGACAAGUACGACGCCGCGCAUGCGCAGUUACAGGACACGUUGAGAAAACUCAAAGAGGUGGAAAAUGAGGCGGAGGGUCUCCGCAAGGAUCUAGCGGAUACGCGUCGUAUGCUUAGCAGCGCGACCGCAGAGCGGGACAAGUACAACAGCGCGUGUCGCGAGUUGCGAGAACACGUCAAGCGCGCCGAGACCGAGCGUCGUGAGGCUGCUCGCGCCCGCGACGACGCGUAUCACAAGAUCGUUGGUCUAGAGGAAUCUCGCAGCACGCUUGAGGGCGAGCUGUCGCGAUUGGCAGCGGCGCUGAAGGUGGCGGAGGGGGGCGGGGAGCAUGCGACGCGUGCGCUGCGAGCGGCCGAGGCGCAGCUGCAGCGGGAACGCGCGGCGCUGCAGCAGGCCAACCACGAUAUCAAGGAGCUGCAGUCUCGACUACAGAACGAGAGCGAGGAGCGCGAGCGCGUGGCGGGCGAGGCGGGCACGGCGCGGCGUCACGGCGCCGAGCUAGAGGGCAUGCUAGCGUGCGCGCGCGCCGACCUCGCCGCCGUGCGACAGCGCGCCGCUGACCUUGAGGACGCCUGCCGACAGCGAGACCAGGAAUUGGUGCUGAGACUAGAGGACUGCAGGUCAAAAGAGCGUCGCCUCGAGGAACUCAAACACAAUCUGGAAGUCUGCCUCGCCGACGCCACGCAGCAGAUACAGGAGCUAAAGACCCGUCUGGGCGCUAGUGAGGGUCGCGGACGUGCGACAGAGGCGGCGUUAGCGUCAGCGGAGGCGGGGCGACGCGACGCGGAGCUACGUCUGUCGGCGGUGGCGGCGGCGCUGCGGCGCGUGUGCGGCGUGCAGCCCGACGGCAGCGUGCUGCCCGCCGCGCGACGACGCCUCUCUAGCCCCGCGCGUCGUUACAGUCCGCACAGAGGGCGUGACCACUCCGAGGAUCGCAACGAAAUCAUCGACGUCGAUCCAGAAUUGAUCAAGAAAGGCAUUAGAAACCUGAUGCACGAAGUCUGCCAGAUAGAACGAGAAAAGGACGACUUCAAAGCCCAAGUGGGCGUGCUAAAGAAGCAGCUGAAGGAGGCGAGCGCGGCGCAGGGAGCGGGCGAGGGCAAGCUGCAGGAGCUGAGCGGCAACGUGCGCGGCCUGAGCGACGAGCGCGCCAAGCUGCAGGCGGCGCUCGCGCAGCGCGACGUGCAGCUCGCCGCCAUUAAUGAGUCCGUGCAAACAAAAACGAUCGAGAUCAGUAACUUGCGGGACAGAAUAACCAGCCUGGAAGCGACGCUCACCUCUAUUACAGAAGAAAAGACACAGAAUGAGAACAAAUCCGGCAACCUCCGCGCUCAAUUGACGGAGCGGGUGCAGGAGGUAGGACAGCUUCGUGAGGCGCUCGCUGCUGUUGAAGCCCGCGCAUCCCGCCUGGACGUGCGUCGCGCGCAGCUAGAAGGUGACGUGCAGCGCGCCGCCGCCGCCGCGCGCGACAGGGACGCCGCGCUACAGAAGCUGCAAGAGCGCUGCGAAGGUCACACCCGCACUAUAGCCUCCCUAGAAGACCGGUGUACGUCACUCAAGGGCACCGUGGAACAGCUAUCUGGUGCGCUGCAGAAAGCGGCGGCGGCGGAGACGGAGCUGAGAGCUGAACUGUCCAGGGUGACCAGGCAGCUGACUGAGGCCAGGAAUAAUGAGGCGAAUGCCACGGAUAAGCUGAGGCAGAUACAGAAGAAUGUUGCGAACUGCGAGAACGAGCGUCGCGUGUUGUCGGAGAAGUUGGAGAGCGCGAAGGCGGCGCUAGGCGAAGCGAAGCGGAUCAACUGCUCGCUCGACGACCAGGUCCACCGACUGACUAACCAGCUGGCUAAUGUUGAGGCGCAAAGAGCGGACCUCGAGUGCCAGCUGCGUAUGGCGUCGUGGGACAGCAAAGAUGGCAGCGACGGCGAGUUGGAGCGCGAACUGCGUGCGUUACAGCGCGAACGUGAAGAACUGCGUGCGCAGAACGACAUGCUGCUGCGUGCUGACCGCGAGCGCCGCGUACGCCCGCGCGCGCACAGCACCGACCGCACGCUGCACUGCGCUGAUCGAGACUCAGGAGAUUCACUGAUAGACAAUUGCAAGUACAAGGAGACGCCGUGUAAAGACAAGUCCUACGAUAAAUCGUAUGACAAGUCUUAUGAAAAGUCGUUCGGCGCCGACAUCGCACUCCUCGAGAUAGAAAACAGAGAGCUGAAGAUGAAGAUCAGGCGAUUGGAGAAGGAGAUAGCGGAUAAGGAGUCUGAGAUCUCACUCCUCCGUACGCGGUUCCUAAGCGAGGGGGGCGGGGGGCGUGACGCGGAGCAGUACCGCGCGGCGGCGCUGCAGGCGGAGCGGCUGCUGGAAGCGCGCGAGGCCAGCCAUAGACAGCAGAUAGCGCGGCUGGAGAACCAGUUAUCGGCGACGCGCGCGUCCCUAUCGGCGGAGGUGCGGCGGCGGCAGGCGUACGUGGCGCGCAGCGGUCGAGCGGCGCGCGACGUGCAGCGUUUACGUACUGCGCUCGGCGACUCGCUGAGGACUGUGUCGCAGGACCCAGCGCUGGACUCAUACACGUUGGAGCACGAGGCGCGCAAGCUGGACAGCACGCUCGCGCACAGCCUGCCGCCACUGAACGACAGCUUCGAUUCCAAAUAAUUCAGUAUUAUCAACCAGUAUUUGUGUACAAUACCUACCUUCUAUACCUGAACUAUGACGGAGAUUGGAGAAAUAAGAGUUAUUACCAGCAUAUCUACAUUCUACAUGUUCGUAAACACUCGUUUUUGAGAAUAUUAAUCUCUAAUCCAAUGAUCGACGAUUACGAAGGUAUAGAGAUAUUCUUGUACUUGUCCAUGUUUGAUGUUGGCUGUAUGUACUACAGACAGCUGUUAACAUGUGUUAGUCAGUCAUAGCCAUCAUUGGACGACGUUAGUGGGCACCUAGAUGAUCAAUUCUAAUGUGCAAUAUCAUUGAACUGUUUAUUUGGAAAUAAGAUUGAAGGCGGGCGC